AUGAGCCAAAGAAUGGUCUCGAAGAAAAAAGAAUGUGCUCACAAUCAAAAAAGAAAAAAUGGAUCAAAGAAAGUGGAAGAAGUCGGAAUCCCAACAGUGUUCACUCCGGUACCUUCGGACGAAGGAUGGCUUCAAAUGACACAAGGCCUUCAAAAUGUCAGUCAAGAGACAUCUCAACCAACUACAUUGUCAUCUGAGUUAACAUCAUUCAAAGAUUGGAACAUGAAAGCUUUUGAAGAUGGAAACAAAAAAUCUAUGAAAAAGUCAGUGGAGAAUGACUAUCAAUAUCUUUCGGCAGAUCCACGUCAGCUGGUACGAUUGGCUUUGAUUCGAGUUUAUUUCAUGCAGAAUUUUUUUACUUCGUUCGAGUUGGCAACCGACAAGACUUUGAUGGCGUUACGUAACAAGUUCUCAUUCUACGUCUUCGCUUCUCCAUACGAUGUUAUCUGGAAUCGUCCAAAAUUUGAAUUGAUGAAAAGGCCAUUGGCUCCGAAUAUGUUCCGUCAAAUAUUAACACCAAAUCAAAAGAAUUUGACACUCGGCGAAUUGUUCAAUGAGACUAACACAGAAGGCUUAGAGUCAGUGAAUAUCUACAUUUUCAUCAAGGAUAUGGAUGAUACAUUUACUGCUGACGAAGUUUCACACAAGCAUAAGAGUUGGAAGUAUCACCAAGUCAUUGAAGAGUGA